AUGUCUCAGAUAGAGACGGGUAAAGAUAAAGGCUAUUCAGACAAAGAAAUUAUGACCGCUGUUAUUCGGGCUGUGCAACCGGGGAUGCAACUUAGAAGUUAUCUUGAAAGUGUGAGUGGGUUGACCCUACCUAAAUUGCGCAAAAUACUAAGGUUCCAUUUUCAUGAGAAAAAUGCGACGGAACUUUAUCAAGCACUGACAAACAUGACACAAUAACCAAAUGAAGACCCACAAGCAUUUCUUAUGCGUGCGCUUACUAUCAGACAAAAGAUAAUUUAUGCUUCAAAGGAAAGUGACAGUCCUAUUAAGUAUGACGGCGCAUCUGUGCAAAGCCUAUUCCUACACGCUCUUGAGACUGGGUUAAAGGAUGAAACUAUACGUGCCAAAAUACGCCCAUUGACCGACAAUGCUAAUGUGUCAGAUGAGCAACUCAUCGAAGCUGUGUUUAUGGCUGUUUCUGCAGAGACAGAACGGAGCAACAAAUUUAGCCAUUUUCUAAAUAAGGUUCGGGACACGAAAGCUCGUGUUUCUGCACUACAGAAUGAGGAAAGCGUGGGCGAAAAGAGGGAAGUUUUAGCUGCAAUUAAACAAGUUAGAACUGAGUUAUCAGCAGUGCAGUCUGAAGUUAAAACACUUCGUGAGACAGUUAGCCAGCGAAAUUCUAAAGAACAACCCGAAGGCGAAAGUAGGAAUGUAGCACCCACUAAGAGAUCAAAGUGUGACAAGUGUAAAACAUCUGGGGAAGAAUGUAAUCACUGUUUUCAUUGUGGUGGGUUAAACCACAUAGCACGAUAUUGUCGGUCACAAUCAAGAAACCCUUCGGGAAACGGUCGAAGGCUACCCCCGCGGGACAGGGAGUAG